AUGUCCAGCGGCGGCGAUACCGCCUCUCCGGGUUCCGCUCUGUGGUGGUUCUCGUCCGAUGUUGAUGGAGCCUCGGGCCCAUCCGGCUGGCGUCUCGAUGUCGUCACCCUGCUCGCCGUCAUCGGCGAGGGCUCUAUAGCCGAGCACGCCCAAACUAUCACCGCGAGCGUCUUCUGUCUCCUACCGCGUAUCAUACCGGCUCCGCAGGCACUUGUGAAGCCCUCGCGCCCGGUUCGUCUUCCCGAAACCACCGCGAAGAUGACUGGCGUCUAUAGUGGUGUCGUCCUCGAUACCGUCGGCUUCUUUGCCAACAUCAUCCAUCCUCUCGACGAGCUACAACCCUUCUCGUUCAAGGUCCUCGAAAUCAAACAUGCCAACCGAGAACCGGAUACAAAUGGUUCGAAUCUGCUUUCUAGGUUACGGACGGGGCUGAGAUCGAAUACCAACAUGUCAAAGACGCGCUCGGUGAGGCUCACGGGACCACCGCCAGAUGCCCAUGACGAGGGUAGUUCAAAGACGCCCCCAGGAGGUACGACCUUCAGCUCGAGUGCUGACGUCGAAGCUGCCACACCGGCACCGGGAAUAAGAAAGCGGGCGACAAUGAAAGAGAAGGUGCAGGACUUCGUGACCAAUCCGACGGGUGCGAAUGACAUCAAGCGGCCGGCAAUUCCCGCCAAAUUAUACUCCCCUAUUCACAUUCUGGAGAUCUUCUCGGCGCUGCUCACGUUCUCCAUCAUUGGGUUUGCCGUAAAGUACCAGGACGGCACCGCCAUUCUCGCUGUUUCGCUCAUCGCCUUGGCUAGUUCCAUCGUCGGCUGGGCUUCCUGGUGGAAGCCCAUCCUCAUGAACCGCAUCCAAAAGAACAAGGUACCCGCAGGCGAUGUGGUUAUUCGUACUCGAGAGGGCGCCUUCCUGCUCGUCAAGUGUACUGAAGAGGUUGCGCGGGAGUUGUACUCUGGGACCGAAGAGUGCGAGUAUCACGUCAGCGGACAGGCCUACCGUGUCCUCAUGGGGAUCGGCACCCUGCUUCUUAUGGUGUCUGUCAUUCUGCUGGGCAAUUGCAAGUGGAAAACGCAGAUCUUCAUCGGUGUUAGUUACAUCACCUUGAAUGGCAUGUACUGGACAAUGGGACUGUUGCCGAAGCGCUACUUCUGGGAUCUGAGCCGAUACACCUACAGAGACAUCACACCGCCCCACGCAAAAAACGCCGACAAGCAGACUGAUACCCCCGACCCACGAGAGGGCAUGAAGAGUUUUACACGGACACUUUGGUAUGUCAUCCGCGAAACCAAACGCACUGCGUGGGUAGGGAGAAGCGGCGCCGCGCCCAGCACGCCUCAAUGGCGCCGCUGGCUGGCCGAAGCCGAGGAAGCGGCCAUCAAAGGGAACAUCAACUGGCCCUCUGUCGCGCGCAAGGACGAGAUCAUGAAUAUGAGGGACGGCGAUGAUGUGAGCCGGAGCCCCAUCCCCGAAGGCCAGUUCGACGAGGCUGAGCAAGCAGCCCCAGCGGUGGAGGUUCAACCCCAGAACAGGCGGGCGAGUCAGACUGGCGCGUUCUAG